GUCUUCUGAGGAUGGCGUUGCUGUGGGCAGUCACCUGCCUGGCCCUGGCCAGCACCGUUUCAGGCUGCGGGGUGCCCCUGAUCAGCCCCUCGGUGCAGUACAGCGAGAGGAUCAUCAAUGGGCAGAACGCGGUGUCCGGCUCCUGGCCCUGGCAGGUGUCCCUGCAGACCCGCUCGGGAUCCCACUUCUGUGGAGGUUCUCUGAUCAACGAGAACUGGGUGGUCACAGCCGCCCACUGCGAGUUCAGCCCAUAUUCCCACGUCAUCGUCCUCGGGGAGUACAACCUCAACUCCCAGACUGAGUCCGUCCAGGUGAAGACCGUGUCGAAGGCCGUCACGCACCCCAACUGGAACUCCUACACCCUCAACAACGACAUCACGCUGCUGAAGCUCUCCUCGCCCGCCCAGCUGGGCUCCCGCGUGUCCCCCGUGUGCCUGGCUGCUGCCAACCUGGUUCUGUCCAACUCCCUGCAGUGCGUCACCACCGGCUGGGGACGCACCAGCACCACCUCCAACGCUCUGGCGUCGCGCCUGCAGCAGGUCUCCCUGCCCCUGAUCUCGCAGAGCCAGUGCCAGCAGUACUGGGGCACCCGCAUCACCAGCUCCAUGCUGUGCGCCGGAGGGGCUGGAGCCUCUUCCUGCCAGGGUGACUCCGGGGGUCCCCUCGUGUACCAGAACGGGAACGCCUGGACCCUGAUUGGCAUCGUCUCCUGGGGAAGCAGCAACUGCAACGUCCGCACGCCCGCUGUCUACACCCGCGUCAGCCACUUCCGAAACUGGAUCGACCAAAUUGUGGCCCAGGGGUAGAGCUGUGGGGAUCGCUUCGCUCCAGCAGUGCCAGCACGGGGCUGAGCACAAAGCGGGGCUCACUUUGUUGCAGAGUAAUAAAGCAUGUGCUUCUGGCC